GCGCUGCUGGCGAUGGCCCAAGACUAACCCAAGCCACCGGGAGGGUCUCACCGUGCACGCCGGCCGCUGCCAGCCAUGGACACCUUCUUCCUCUCGCACGGCUCGCCGGCGAUCUGCAUCGACGAGAGGAUCCCGGCGCACGGCUUCUUCAAGUCGUGGCUGCCAGCGGCGGUGGCGGGCGCGCAGGCGCCGCGCGCCGUCCUGGUGGUGUCCGCUCACUGGGAGACGGACGCUCCGGCCGUCAACGUCGUCCACGGCACCAACGACACCAUCCACGACCUGCAGGACCUCCCUGACGAGAUGUACAAGCUGAGGUACCCUGCGCCGGGCGCGCCGGGCCUGGCCAGGAGGACUAAGGAGCUCCUGGAGGGCGCCGGGUUCGGGCCGGUGAGCGAGGAGCACGGCCGCGGGAUCGACCACGGCGCGUGGGUGCCGCUGAUGCUCAUGUUCCCGGAGGCCGACGUCCCGGCGUGCCAGCUCUCCCUGCAGGCCGGCCGCGACGGCGCCUACCACUACGCCCUCGGCACGGCGCUGGCGCCCCUCAGGGACGAAGGCGUCCUCGUCCUCGGCUCCGGCACCACCACGCACAACCUCAGAGAGUUGGGCCCUCUCGAUGCGCCGGUGCCGCAGUGGGCCUACGACUUCGACGCCUGGCUCAGGGACGCGCUCCUGGACGGGAGGUACGACGACGUGAAGCGAUACAAGGAGAAGGCGCCCUACGGCGAGCUUGCGCACCCUUCGCCGGAGCACAUCUACCCGCUGCACGUCGCGCUGGGCGCCGCCGGGGAUGAGGCCAGGGCGGAGCUGAUCCACCGCAGCUGGACCAACGCCACCUUCUCCUACUCUUCUUACCGUUUCACCAACAAGAUUUGACGGCCUUAAAUCAUUUGGGUUGUACUCCUUCCGUUCUUAAAUAUUUGUCUUUCUAAACAUUUCAACAAGUAACUACAUACGAAGCAAAAUGAGUGAAUCUACACUCUAAAAUAUGUCUAUAUGCAUCCGUAUUUGAUAGUUCAUUUGAAUCUCUAAAAAGACAAAUAUUUAGAAACGGAGGGAGUAGUAGGUUGGUUGAUGCAAGAGGAGCUGAAUUUCUAUUUCAAAAAGUUCAACAUCGAGGACAUCGAUUUGUGGUCACACAGAUUGGCUAAGCAGUGUGACAAGGAUGACGUUUUUCAUUUAUCA